UCAAGAGAGAGUAAUUUUAGUUAUGGAAGAAGCUUUUCUAUUGCCAGAAAAGAGGGAAAGUUUGAGGACAAUUACAACAUGGGAUUCCUUGUUGGAAGCAAUGAAGAAGGUGUGUUGCAUAGCCAUACCAAUGGUAGUGGUCAAUGUUUCACAACACCUAAUAAGAGUUUUGUCAAUGAUGAUGCUUGGUCAUUUAAGUGAACUUUCACUCUCUGGAGCUUCUAUUGCUACCUCUCUCACCAAUGUUACUGGAUUUAGUCUCCUUUUAGGAAUGGCCAGUGGCUUAGAAACACUUUGUGGACAAGCAUAUGGAGCUGAACAAUACAAGAAAUUAGGCAUUUACACUACUGGAGCUAUCAUAUCUCUUCUUUUGGUUUGCAUACCAAUAUCUAUACUAUGGUUAUUUAUGGACAAAAUUCUUAUUUUCAUGCAUCAAGAUCCUUUGAUUUCUAUAGAAGCAGGAAAAUAUUCAAUCUGGCUAUUAAUUUCACUCUUCCCUUUCGCGAUUUUGCAAGCGCUGACACGUUACUUGCAAACUCAGAGCUUGAUACUCCCUAUGGUUGUUAGCUCUAUUGCAACACUAUGUUUUCAUGUGCCAAUUUGUUGGUUAUGUGUGUUCACCUUGGAUUUUGGAAGUGUUGGAGCUGCAUUUGCAAUUGGUUUGUCAUAUUGGUUCAAUUUGUUGCUUCUUGGAUUGUAUGUGAAGUACUCUAAAUCAUGUGAAAAGACAAGACUCUAUUUCUCAAAAGAAGAAGUUCUUGCUAGCAUAAGAGAAUUCUUCCCUUUGGCUAUUCCUUCUGCUUGCAUGGUUUGGUAA